AGAUACAAGAGGAGCGAGCUAUACGCCAUAGUAUCGGACGUGUCUUCCUACCCCCAAUUCAUCCCUUAUUGCACCGGCUCGCGUAUUUUGCACAAAGCUACUCGUGACGGGUCUACGAUAAUGGACGCAGAACUGACUGUCGGCUUCAUGGCUUUCCAGGAGAGCUACGUCAGCAAAGUGACUUGUACGCCUUUUUCAUCGGUGGAGGCUGUUGCUUCGUCCUCAACGCCCAUGUUCAAGUCGCUACAGACCAUAUGGCGGUUCCAACCGACUGGUGAAAAGGAACACAAUACGCUGGUUUCCCUCGAUCUGGCGUUUGAUUUCGUGAAUCCGUUUUAUGCGUCGCUGUCUUCGACGUUCUUUGAUAAAGUGUCGGGAGGGAUGGUAGCGGCGUUUGAAAAGAGGUGCGAGGAGGUGUGCGGUCGUGGCCGUGUCUAG